UUUGGAGGGGUACUUAAGGCACAGAACAAAAAGAGCGCUGGAUAAAGUGGAACAUUUAGUUAAAAUCCACAAAAAACAACAACAAAAAAAGAAAACAAAAUUCUUCAGGCAAAGAAGAAAUUCUUUCAGAUCAACACUGAAUGUGCAGCUUGAACAACUCCAUACAGGGUUGGCUCCAAUGUCCAAAGUACAAUAUACAGCAUGAUUUCUUUUCGCUGGUGUUCUUUCUAACCAUACUGAAGAUUUGAAGCAUGAAGGAAGAGAUCAACAUGGAGAGACAUGAGAGGAAGGGAAAGAUGACGCUGAUCCUGGCUGCAGCUUCUUUGAUCGCCGGGUUUGGUUCGUCUUUUCAGUAUGGAUACAAUGUGGCUGUGAUCAACUCACCUGCCCCGGAGAUGCGGCAGUUCUACACCCAAGUAUAUGUGAACCGUUAUGGUCCAAUGUCAGACGGUCUCCUGACCCUCCUGUGGUCCCUUACUGUGUCUUUGUACCCACUGGGUGGGUUUUUUGGAUCUCUUAUGGUAGGCCCAUUGGUGAACAAAUUCGGAAGAAAAGGCACACUCCUGUUCAACAACAUCUUCUCUAUAGUUCCUGCUGUAAUGAUGGGUGUGAGUGAAGUGGCAGGGACAUUUGAGAUCAUCAUUGUCGCACGCUUUAUAGUGGGCAUCUGUGCAGGCCUGUCCUCCAAUGUGGUGCCCAUGUAUUUGGGAGAGAUUGCUCCCAAGAAUUACAGGGGGGCCGUUGGGAUAGUGCCACAGCUCUUCAUCACCGUUGGCAUCCUUGUCGCCCAAGUGUUCGGCAUUCGCAAUAUCCUAGGAAAUAAAGAAGGCUGGCCCAUCAUGUUGGGUCUCACAGGGAUUCCAGCUGCCAUUGAGCUGCUGCUUCUGCCUUUCCUUCCCGAGAGCCCACGCUACUUGCUCAUACAGAAGGGGGAUGAAAAAUCUGCCAGGAAAGGCCUGCAGCAGCUGCGGGGCUGGGAGGAUGUGGAUGAGGAGCUGAGUGAGAUGCGUGUUGAGGAUCAGUCAGAGCGAGCAGAAGGUCGACUCUCUCUGCUCAACCUCUUCACCUUCCGCUCACUGCGCUGGCAGCUGCUGUCUGUAAUCUUCAUGAACAUGGGCCAACAACUGUCAGGAGUCAAUGCCAUUUAUUACUAUGCUGACAGCAUCUAUAGCUCUGCAGGAGUGAAGGAUGAGCACGUUCAGUAUGUGACAGUCGGAACAGGAGCGGUUAAUGUCGUCAUGACAAUAGCAGCUGUGUUCAUAGUGGAGAAAUCUGGCAGAAGGUUGUUGCUACUGAUAGGCUUUGGUAUUUGCUGUUCAGCCUGUGUUCUUCUGACCGUAGCGCUCUACUUCCAGACUACACUGGACUGGAUGCCCUAUGUCAGCAUCGUUUGUGUCAUUGUUUACGUCAUCGGACAUGCUAUUGGCCCAAGUCCUAUUCCUGUUGUAAUAACCACGGAACUGUUCCGGCAGUCUUCUAGACCACCAGCCUUCAUGGUGGGCGGCUCGGUUCACUGGCUUUCGAACUUCACAGUCGGCCUGGUCUUCCCUUUUCUAGAGGCCUGGGUGCGUACAGCUUCAUCAUUUUUGCCUGCAUCUGUCUCGCGACGCUUAUCUACAUCUGGGUGGUCAUCCCAGAGACCAAAAACAAGACCUUUCUUGAGACCAGCAAGCUUUUUGCUCAGAGAAACAAGGUGGAUAUUGGGGUGGAGGGUGAAGACUUUGAGAUCAAAGAGACAGGAGAGGAAAGCAAAGCACAGGAAAUUAAAAACACAUUUAUGUGAAUGGGUAGGGGGUCAUUCACACAGGACACGUUUUUGCGUUUGUCUGCAGUGCUUUGAAAGAAAUUGUUUUUAUACACUGACAAUAUGACAAUCCCAUGCCAGGAUUUUUGAACUCAAAAACGUGUCCUUUUCAUUGCACUCUGUAUUUGUGUUAAUGACAAAUAAGAAUGUACAAGAAAGAAAUGUUUUUCUUUAAUUAAGAAUCAGGUUUAAAAUUCAUCAAAUUCUUAGAAAUGUACUCUUUGUAUUCAAAUUAUUUUAAUAUGGAUUUUCAUUUUUUUUUUUUAACUUUUAUACCAAUUUCAACAAAAUUUUGACAUGUGAUGUAACCAUUAAGUAUAAAUAUGUAACUAAAAUGUUUUCAAAUAUAUUUUUAUGGUAAAAAGUAUUGUUUAUAUUCUUUAUCAUUUAUAAUUUUUUAUAAUCAUUUUGUUGCAUAUUUUACAAUCUGAACCAAUCUUGCAUGUCAUAAAGGUCAAAUGAGCUGAUCUUUUAAGAGAAGGAAUCCUCUCUAUAAUAUAAUUUUCUGUUUUAAGUUAGUUUUGUAUGUUUCUGCCUGUCCGUUGCAUCAUAUGACUUUGAUUUGGUGGAAAAUGUUUUUCAAAUAUUUAUGUAUAAAUAUUUUAGCAAAGGUGCUUCACUGCUUUUUUCCUUUUCUAAGAAAUAAUAAUAAAAGAUUAUAUUACAUUAA